CGCGUCAUAAGUGAUGUCACCUGAUAGCGAAGACGAAGGGAGGGUGUGCUAAUGUUUACAACCACUGUGCUGUCAAUGAUUUUAUCGUAAAAACUGCGAUUUAUUCGACAUUUCAGCAGCGUGUGAAGAGUCAAGGGAACAAUGGAGCAAACUCGAUGACCUCCUCCCGCAUUCAGCUUUUUGUAAAGCGCGAGUCCUCCGGUUGCUCUUCACUCUCGGUGCUGAACAGUGACCCGAGAAGAUCAUUACUGACUGUAGAUUUGGCUGCUAAACAGUGCACCGAUGGAGUGGGUGUUCAUCAUGAACCGGAUGAGCUCUCAGGGAAGCUCUGCAGCCCAGCGGAGGCGGAUGGCCCUGGGCGUGGUGAUACUCCUGCUGGUGGAUGUCAUCUGGGUCGCCUCUUCUGAGUUAACUUCAUACAUUUUCAAGAGACAGGAGUACAACAAACCCUUCUUCAGCACCUUCACCAAGACCUCCAUGUUUGUGCUGUACCUGCUGGGCUUCCUGCUGUGGCGGCCCUGGAGGCAGCAGUGCACCGGCUCUCUGAAACGCCGGCACUCUGCGUUUUUUGCUGAUGCUGAGGCCUACUUUGCACCCUGCACCACUGACACCACUGUCAACAACUGUUUGAGUGAACCGCUGUACGUCCCAGUGAAGUUCCAGGACGUUCCUGCAGAGCAUUCAAACUGUUUAAUGGGAGACUGUGAAUCUUCUUCCAAAAAGCAGCGGGUGCGUUUUAGUAAUAUCAUGGAGGUGCGUCAGCUGCCCUCCACUCAGGCCCUGGAGGCCAAACUGUCCCGCAUGUCCUACCCUGCUGCCAAGGACCACGAGGCCAUGCUGCGCACGGUGGGCAAGCUCACCAUCACUGAUGUGGCUAAAAUCAGCUUCUUCUUCUGCUUUGUGUGGUUCCUGGCUAACUUGUCCUAUCAGGAAGCUUUAUCCGACACACAGGUCGCCAUCGUCAACAUCCUGUCAUCCACCUCAGGCCUGUUCACGCUCAUCUUAGCAGCCAUUUUUCCCAGCAACAGCACCGACCGCUUCACCUUAUCCAAACUCUUAGCUGUGGCUCUGAGCAUGGGAGGCGUCGCCCUCGUCAGCUUCUCCAGCAUGGACAACCCUGACGGGAAAGGCGUCAUAGGUUCUCUGUGGUCGCUGGCCGGCGCGGUGCUGUACGCCGUCUACAUCGUAAUGAUCAAGAGACGAGUGGAUCGGGAGGAUAAGCUUGACAUUCCCAUGUUCUUUGGGUUUGUGGGUCUGUUCAACCUGCUGCUGCUGUGGCCGGGCUUCCUGCUGCUCCAUUACACCGGCUUCGAGGCCUUCGAGCUUCCCAGCCAGCUGGUGUGGACGUACAUCCUCAUUAACGGCCUCAUCGGAACCGUCCUCUCGGAGUUCCUCUGGCUCUGGGGCUGUUUCCUCACAUCAUCUCUAAUCGGGACUCUGGCGUUGAGCCUCACCAUCCCGCUCUCCAUCAUGGCAGAUAUUUGCAUGCAGAAGGUCCGUUUCUCGUGGCUGUUCUUUGCCGGGGCGGUUCCCGUCUUCCUCUCCUUCUUCAUCGCCGCGCUCUUAUGUCACUACAACAACUGGGAUCCCGUCCUGGUGGGGCUGAGGAGAGUUUACGUCUUCAUAUGCAGGAAACAGCGUAUUCACAGACUGCCAGAAGACAGCGAGCAGUGCGAAAGCCUCAUUCCUCUCCACGCCGUCUCCCCCCACGAAGGAAGCUUCUGCUCGUGAUCCAGCCGUCCAACACAAAGUGUUCAACGUGGAUCUGCAGACAAUCUGGAAGCUCUCAGAGACAUUAAAACUACCCCAGUGCCUCAUAUUAAAUAUAUUUAUUUUCUACAGUGUUGAGAUGAAAAGCACCAAUUUCUACAAGUUCAUGUUUAUUUUCACAUUUCAGUCGUCACAGACCUGAGAUUUCUGUUUUUACUUGUUUUUCUGUGUUUAAAAAAAAAAAAGAAAGAAAAGAAAGAAACACGGUGCUCGAGGUGCUGGACAUUAUCGGAGAUAACUACGGCGUCAUGUGACCAAAUGAGACGGUACGAGUUGAACUUGAUUAUAACACUAACGGAGACGAAAUCUGAAGUCAGCGAGCUCACAUCACUUUUUAAUUUUUAAAUUUUUUUUGGUGUUUUUUUUUUUCUUUUUUUGUCUGUCGGCCUUUUCUGAAGCCUUGCUGCUUGUUUGUGAGUGUGAAGAUGACGCAGUACGUUUUCACAGAUCCGUCAGACGAGUCGGCGGAAAAAAAAAGACGUUUUAUUUUGGUGGCGUUUGACAGAGCUUUCAUCACACACACACACACACACACACACACACACUGUACUGCAGCUCUGACGCUAAUUUUAAACAUCUGGGUCUUCAGUACCACUGUUGACCUCCAGGUGAUCCUAACACUCGCCAGGUAGAAUUGGACAACAAAAAAAAAUACUUCCACGUUUUUUUUUGUUGUUGUUAUUUUUCAACUUGACUUUCUUUUAUAAGUUGGACAUGAAGAAGAAAAAGAAAGCGGUCACCAACAAACUCUCUUGUGCUGGAUCAUGAAGACAAACUGUGAUAGAAGACACAACCUUUGCGUUCGAUCGUAAGCCUUCCGCUAUAAGCUACAAAAAAAAAUUUAUUAAAAAAAGCCUUGUUGCAAUAACGGUUCUUUUUAAAUAUGGGUGUAAAUACUGUACACAGCGACACACUAACUAAAGUUCUGAUGUUUUUAUUUGUGAAAAUUCUUAUGACCACUACAGACAGAUUCCUGCUAUGAGAUUAUAUUUUAUGUAUCAUUGUAAAGAA